ACAAAAAAGUAAAAGGCGAAUCAGUCUGUUCCUUUCGGCCACCGUAGAAAAAGGAAGUUAUACCCAUUCCAAGAUGGCGCUGCGCUCAGGCUGUGCUGCUGCCUGGCGAAUUGGGACAGAUUUAGGGGUCAAUAAUACGAGGACAUUUGUCACAACAGCAUGUCUCUACAAACGAGUACCUCCAUUGGGUCCAAUGCCAAAUGAAGAGUUUAGCGGCAAAAAACUCGCAUCAUUGGAGAAGUACCGCACCUACAAUCGCUACCUCAAAGUAGCCUUGGAGGCAAACAACAAACCUGUGUGGUGGAAGACGUACAAGGGCCACGUGGAAAAAGCUGAUCCCGAGCAUGGGGUCGAGCGUGUGGACAUUGGACUGCCAUACUGUCGACCCGACAGGUUGAAAGAACUGAGGGAGAGGAAGCAGGUGAUGAAGGACAACAAGAAGAACGUUGAGCUGGAGAGAAUCACUCGCCUGCGUACUUUUAGAAUCUCACUGGAUCGAGUGCAGGAAACCUGGGAGAAGAACAGUCAGUCACAUGUAAAGAGACUGGCAGACCACUAUGGGGUCUUCAGAGAUCUCUUUCCCAUGGCUUACUUUCUGCCUCAGGUCACACUACGCAUCAACUAUAGCCAGGACAAUGGUUGUGCUGUGCAUUAUGGGAAUCAUCUGACACCAACUGAAGCAGCGUCGGCCCCCCAGAUCAGCUUUGAAGCAAAGGAAGGUUCUCUGUGGACCCUCCUGCUCACCUGUCCAGAUGAGCACCUUCUGGAUAAUGAGGCAGAAUACAUCCACUGGCUAGUGGGGAACAUACCAGGUGGAGCGGUGCAGGACGGAGAGGAGCUGUGUCAAUACAUGCCCCCCUUCCCUGCCAGAGGAACAGGCUUCCACCGUUACAUUUACGUCCUCUUCCAGCAGGAGGGACGCGUUAACUUCGAGGAGGACGUCAGACCGUCGCCAUGCCACUCCCUGGUGGAUCGCACGUUCAAGACGGUGGAUUUCUACAGAAAGCACCAGGACCACCUCACACCCGCGGGUCUGGCCUUCUUCCAGAGCCAGUGGGACGAAUCCGUCAGCAACACCUUUCACCACACAUUCAACAUGAGGGAGCCGGUGUUUGAAUUCAUCAGACCUCCGGCGUAUCACCCUCCACAGGUCAAAUUCCCCCAUCGUAAGCCUCUACGCUACCUGGACAGAUACAGGGAUGGGAAGGAGCACACCUAUGGAAUAUACUGAUGAAAAGACAAGCGUACCUGACAAAAUCCCAACACAUGUUCUUGCUUAUGUGAAAUUAUAUUCAGCGUAUUUAUGUCAUAAUGAUGAGAAUAAAGCAUUUUUCAACAGUG